CGACGGCGGCGGCGGUUUCCGGCCGUAGCGGACACUUCCCGUGGAGGGACUGUCCCGUGGCACCCAGUGGAGCCGAAGAGAACGCGGAGCGGCGACGAUGGACGAAUGCAGCUUAGAGGAGUUCCGUCGGCGCUGGCAGGAGGAGCUGGCGCAGGCCCAGGCGCCUAGGAAGUGGCGGCGGUCUGAUGCUGCCGAGAGGCGGGCGCGACGGCCGGAGGUGGCCCCCGGGCGCAGCGAACAGGCCUCGGGAGACCCGGCGCUGGCCCAGGGUCUCCUGGAGGGCGCAGGGAGGCCUCCGGCGGCGCGGGCGACUCGGGCCGAGGCGCAGGACGUGGCGAGCCGGUCCGGUUUUCCUCGGGCCCGCGAGGGCGCCGGGGGCGGGGAGCAGCUGGUGGACCAGCUAAUCCGCGACCUGAAUGAAAUGAAUGAUGUGCCCUUCUUUGAUAUCCAACUGCCUUACGAAUUGGCAAUCAAUAUAUUUCAGUAUUUGGACAGGAAAGAACUAGGAAGAUGUGCACAGGUGAGCAAGACGUGGAAGGUGAUUGCGGAGGAUGAGGUGCUGUGGUACAGGCUGUGCCAGCAGGAAGGGCACCUUCCGGGUAGCAGCAUCUCCGACUGUUCUUGCUGGAAGCUCAUCUUCCAAGAAUGCCAAGCCAAGGAACACAUGUUACGAACCAACUGGAAGAACCGCAAAGGUGCCGUGAGUGAGCUGGAGCACGUUCCUGACGCGGUUUUGUGUGAUGUGCAUUCUCAUGAUGGCGUGGUCAUUGCUGGAUAUACAUCAGGGGAUGUGAGAGUGUGGGACACCCGCACCUGGGACUACGUAGCCCCCUUCUUGGAAUCAGAGGACGAGGAGGACGAGCCUGGACUGCAGCCAAAUGUCUCCUUUGUGAGGAUAAACAGCUCACUGGCAGUAGCAGCUUAUGAGGAUGGGUUUCUCAAUAUUUGGGAUUUAAGAACCGGAAGGUACCCUGUUCAUCGUUUUGAGCACGAUGCAAGAAUACAGGCACUAGCCCUCAGCCAGGACGAUGCAGCUGUGGCCACGGCUUCUGCUUUUGACAUCGUGAUGUUAUCCCCCAAUGAGGAGGGGUACUGGCAGAUAGCUGCGGAAUUUGAAGUUCCGAAACUGGUUCAGCGCCUUGAAAUAGUUCCAGAAACCAGAAGGUACCCCGUGGCAAUAGCUGCUGCUGGAGACCUGAUGUACCUGCUUAAAGCUGAAGACUCCGCGAGAACCCUCCUUUACGCCCACGGCCCGCCUGUCACAUGUCUAGAUGUCUCGGCCAACCAAGUUGCUUUUGGUGUACAGGGUCUGGGAUGGGUGUACGAAGGGAGCAAGAUUCUGGUGUAUAGCCUGGAAGCAGGAUGCCACCUCUUGAAGCUGGGUAACGUUCUCCGUGACUUCACGUGUGUCAACCUCGACGACAGUCCUCCCAACCUCAUGGUCAGUGGCAACAGGGAUGGGAGGGUGAGGAUCCACGACCUCCGCACCAGUAACGUCACGCUGUCACUCUCCGCCCACCAGCUUGGGGUCUCUGCUGUGCAGAUGGACGACUGGAAGAUUGUCAGCGGAGGCGAGGAAGGCCUGGUGUCCGUGUGGGAUUAUCGGAUGAACCAGAAGCUGUGGGAGGUGUAUUCUGGACACCCCGUAAAGCACAUCUCAUUCAGCAGUCGAAGCCUCAUCACAGCCAACGUGCCCUACCAGCCGGUGGUGCGGAACGCCGACCGGGACAACUUCACUCCUCACAGGAGACACCAGGGGCUGAUCCGCGCCUAUGAGUUUGCGGUAGACCAGCUGGCCUUCCAGAGCCCACUCCCUGCCUGCCGUUCCUCCUGCGACACCAUGGCCACUCACUACUACGACCUUGCACUGGCUUUUCCCUAUAACCAUGUUUAGAGAAGUGCCUCAGCUGGGAGCAAGGAGAAAAAUGGGAAGAACCAGUUUUAUCCAUCUUAAAACCACAGGCAGCUCUGCACAGGGGAAGAAAGCAGCCCUAGGCACAGUGCCUGACACACGCGUCUCUCCUGCCCCUACCCGAUUGCCCCCGGCACCUGGGAAAGCUGCCGUUGCUGGGGCUCGAGUCCCACAUGCUUCUGACUCAAACAUAUCCCAGCCCUGGCGCCCCCAGCCAUCCAGCCACCCUGGCCUCGGAUCCCUCACGCCACCUUGGGACUCUCACUGAGGUCCCACACGGCCCCUGUUCAGCCUCUUUCCCCUUUUCCUCUGAGGGCCUUUGGAUGGGCCUGUCCCUGGCCUCCAAGGCAUUAAUCUCCACGUCCGUUUCCCUAUGUUUACUUAGGGUGCUCUUCUGCCACCUCGCCACCAUCACCUUCCAGCAUCAAGCUGGUAGGGCCAUACUUUCUCUUCACAGCUUUUACCAGGUUUAUAAUUAUAUACUUGCACAGUUUAGUCAUUAAUGACUCUUUUGCUAACGAUUGUCUAUGAUAUGUGAUAUAAAGUAACUAUUUUCUAAAUAUUGACUAAGCAGCCAUCAAGAUGAAACAGGACAGGAGAAAACAGAGCUGCCAUUUCCAAAGCAUUCCAGAAGCAAGCCAUUGCCUUACUGUUGAUUUUCAACAUUUCUAAACACUGGCAUCCACCUACUGUACCUUCAGAAUAUCAAAGCAAAAACUGAUAGAACUACAAAGAGAAAUAAAAUCCAUUCUCACAGCAGGUGAUCAGCAGACCAACUCAAUGAGAAAAACUUAAAAGAUCUGGAGGAUUUACUUAAUAUCCCUAACAAGCUGGAUCCAGGAGGUGUGUAGGGAAUUUCAUACACACGUAGACCAUGCGCAAAAGGCCACCACGUAUGAAGGCCACGGAGAACAUCUCAGAUGUGCAAAGAUUCCAACCAUAAAGGCCACAUUAUAGAACCACCCCCCACCUCCCCGCACCGUGACACAUCGCACCCUGUGCGCUAUACCCUCAGGCAGGGCCCUGCUUUUCUAGAAAUUGACCCCAAUGCAGAAUCACAAGGAAUCAACAAAAAGCAAAGUAGACACUCCCGAGUUAACUUGGACUUAAAAAGUUUACUAAAAACAAAAUAUAAACUCAUUAGACUGAGUUGACGGUAAAAGCGCCGAGUAUAAAACCCAGGGGAUGAAGCUGGAAGGGACUGAGAGGAGCCCCAAAGCAAGCAGAGGGAAGAGCUUACUCAGGACAAAAACAGACACUGAUGGAAUUGAAAACCGAUAGCUAAUAGCCAAAAGCAGGUUUCUGUGGUGUUUCUGUAGGUGGAGUCUCGCUCUGUCACCCAGGCUGGAGUACAAUGGCCUCAUCUUGGCUCACUGCAACCUCAGCCUCCCAAGUAGCUGGGAUUACAGCCCCCCCCCCCCCCCCCCACCACGCCCAGCUAAGUUCUGUAUUUUUAGUAGAGACCGGGUUUUGCCAUGUUGGCCAGGCUGGUCUCAAACUCCUGACCUCAUGAUCCGCCUGCCUUGGCCUCCCAAAGUGCUGGGAUUACAGAUGUGAGCCACCACACCUGGCCCAAAAGCAGUGCUUUAAAAAACAAACAACGCAACUCUGGAUAAAACAAAAAGGUGCAAAGGGGCUAUGCGGAAAAGAAGAGGAAGUGAUGAGGUAGGAGAAGCACCUUUCGUGUGGGAAUCAUUCGCCCACAUUCAUCCCAGGAAAAAAACACAUCCUCAACUGCACAUGUGUAUGUAUCAGAGGGAAGUGCUUUGCCAUUCUCAGAAACCUAGAACUUUCAAGUCAUGAAGGUUCUGGAUCAGAUUGCUUAAGAUAGCCAUUCCACAUUCAUCUCCAAAUACACAGGGGAAUGGAGCAGACAGAGCAGCGACUGGGAAGCAUCACCUCCCUGUCCAGAGGGCACUGCUUUCUUUCAGCCCCUGCCUUCCUGUGAGGCAGAUGGACCAGAGGGUUUUCUGCUUCCUUUCAACCAGAUGGCUUCCUAAAUGGAGACGCCCUGUAGGGAGCAAAUGCAGGGUUUCGUGUACUUCUGCUGUCAUCAUGUGGUGGUCAGACUGCUCACUGGUGACCUCGCUCUGUAAGGCUUUCUUCGAGCCCCACCCUUUCUCUUUCAUAGUCUUAAUGCAUCUGGACCACUGAAAUGGUUUUCUUUUCAAAAAGCAGCCCCGUCCAGUCUGCAUUCACAGUUCAUUUUGCAGGUACAUUCUCCCUUCCUAACUUUGCAGCAAUUAGAGAUAACAAACUUUAAAAGACAUUAGACCCAGAAUACGGCCAGCCAGCAGCUGGUCCAGCAUAAAAAUGUCACAACUGCAGCCCCUCCCACACCAAAGCCUGUUUGUAACCCACCUGCUAUUCAUGAAAGUUGCCUGCAUCUUGUAAGAAGAUUGAACCCAAACUGUAAUCUUCAGGCACGCCAACUUCAGACCAUGUCUUCUGCUGCAAACCUGAACAUCCUGGAAGAAAUCACAUGACAGGGAAAGGGUAGAUGCUUCUGGAUAAGCCAACGUUUAUCCAAAUCAAGUCACCUUACCUUUAUCCAGGCCCUUUCACAAGUUCUGAGUUUUUAGGGAUGAAUCCUCUCCUUUAGUCCCCUCAGACUCCUCCAUCUGUGGCUCCCCCAAAGGUAGAAGAGACAAGCAUGCUGGGGGGAGCUGGGCAGCGCAACACCGAAGAUCUCAUGUGUCAUCUCAAACCACUGUCGGACUUGCUUUGUACUUUAUUAUGUCUGUAUUGUUCUGAUAUUAAAUGUUUUGAAUGUA